AUGGCGGCGAGUCAGGGAGGCGGUGGGAACAGUGGGGGCGGCGGCUGCGGUGGAGGUGGAAGUGGCGGUGGCAGUGGCGCGGCUGGAGGAGGAGGAGGUGGUGGUGGAGGAGGAGGUGGCGGGGCCGGGGCGGGAGGAGGUGGCGGCUGUGGCGGGACCGUGGCGGUGCCCAUCCCGGUACCGACUCUUUUCGGUCAGCCGUUCCCCAAUGGGCCGCAGUGGCACUCGGGGAGCUUGCAGCCUCAGCACACCGUGAGGAGCCUGGACCGGGCCCUGGAAGAGGCGGGGAACUCUGGCAUCCUGAGCCUCAGUGGCAGGAAACUCAGAGAGUUCCCGGGCAGCGGUUACGACCUGACGGACACCACCCAAGCAGAUCUUUCCAGAAAUCGUUUUACAGAAAUUCCUUCAGAUGUGUGGUUAUUCGCACCACUCGAAACUUUAAACCUAUAUCAUAACUGCAUCAAAACCAUUCCUGAAGCCAUUAAGAAUUUGCAGAUGUUAACAUACCUUAACAUUAGUCGAAAUCUUCUAUCAACAUUGCCAAAAUACCUAUUUGACCUUCCCCUUAAAGUUUUGGUUGUCAGUAAUAAUAAACUCGUAUCCAUUCCAGAAGAAAUUGGAAAAUUAAAAGAUUUGAUGGAAUUGGACAUUAGCUGCAAUGAGAUUCAGGUCCUUCCUCAACAAAUGGGAAAAUUACAUUCACUUAAAGAGUUAAAUAUAAGAAGAAAUAAUCUUCAUGUUUUGCCAGAUGAAUUAGGAGAUCUCCCCUUAGUGAAGUUGGAUUUCUCCUGUAAUAAAGUGACUGAAAUUCCUGUUUGCUAUAGGAAAUUGCAUCAGUUACAAGUAAUAAUUUUGGAUAACAAUCCAUUGCAAGUACCACCAGCACAGAUAUGCUUAAAGGGUAAAGUACACAUAUUUAAGUACUUAAAUAUACAAGCCUGUUGUAGAAUGGAUAAGAAACCAGACUCCCUGGAUCUCCCAUCACUGAAUAAAAGAAUGCCUUCUCAGCCUCUUACAGACAGCAUGGAAGAUUUUUAUCCAAAUAAAAACCAUGGCCCUGACUCUGGAAUCGGAAGUGAUAAUGGAGAGAAGCGAUUGUCUACAACGGAACCAUCAGACGAUGACACCAUCAGCCUUCACUCUCAAGUCUCAGAAUCGAAUAGAGAGCAAACAUCAAGAACUGACAGUCUUGUAACAGGAACCAAGCCUGAUUCUCAGAAAGACCAGGAGGUGUAUGAUUUUAUUGAUCCCAACACGGAAGAGGUAGCAGUUCCUGAACAAGGAGAUACACAUAUUGGAUCAUUUGUUUCUUUCCUUAAGGGGAAGGAAAAGUGCCCUGAAAAAUCUCAGAAAAAUGAAGAACUUGGAAAUGAAAAAAAAGUUGACAAAGAGCAGUUGCUGCCAGAAGAAGAAGAUGAUGAUUUGAAAGAAGUAACUGACCUGAGGAAGAUAGCUGCUCAGUUACUGAAGCAGGAGCAGAAGAACAGAUGGAGGCCUUUAAGUUAUAGAACAUCAUUCAGUGACAAACUCUUCCAGAGGACCAGAGCAGCAGGACGGAAAUCAAGGAUUCUUAAUCAUUCAACUUCUGUCAUGAGAAAUAAGCUGAAACAAACUGUGGAAUGUGAAAAGAGUGUCUCAGCAGAUGAAGGGAAUUCACCAUUAUCACCUCUUGCAUGGCAGCCAUUAGAAAAUCAGAAGGAUCAAAUAGUUGAUCAACAGUGGCCAGAAUCCCAGCCUAUAAUCUGGCAAAAUGAAGAGAGGAGGCGGAGUAAGCAGAUCAGAAAAGAAUAUUUCAAGUACAAAUCAACAAGGAAGAAUUCAAGUGGCAAUGAGAAUGAGGAGGUGAGACAAAGGGUCAUAUUGAUUUGAAAGAUUUCCUUUCAUAUUUAGUUGACUCAAUGGUAGUUACAGGAGCCCAGCUAUCAACUGUUUUGCUAUUGAUUUAAAGCACGCAUUUCCUACAAUUAUGACAAU